AUGUCAGGAAGUACUCCUCCAGCGCUGCCAACGUAUCGCAGAGUCAGGUCCCCCUUGGCACAACCUCCGGCCACACUAAAUGAAGAUACACCCGCAUUUGCAACCCCGUCUCCUCCACCCCUCCCACCUAAAGAUUUUGCAAUCCCAUCUCCAGUAGGAUUCUUGGUUAAUAGUGAUAAGAGUAACGACAGCAGUAUCGACGAGAGCAAACCAAGCUAUACCCUCCCAAAAAUUAACACCACAGUUUCGUCAAACCAGGGAUCGGAGUCAUCGUCAUAUAAUGAAACAGGUUUGCACAGACGAACCUUAUCGGAUCGAAUAAAGACCACGCCUUCUUCAUUUGUCCGACAGAGUCGAAUUUUUUCCAACGAAGAUGCUGAUUCAAUCUAUUCGUCACAUUCAGUCACAGGGAGAUCGUUAUUACUUCAAAACAAGAUCCAGACCGAGUCAUUACCUCCAGAAUUCCAUCCCAUUGUCUCUUUAAUCAAUGCUCAAAAAUUAAGAACUUAUUGCAUUGGCUCGUUGCAGAUCCCUGGUGUUAUUGGCUCAGAACGAGUUUGGUUGGAAGUUGAAGCCAAAUUGUCUGGCAACGAGUUGGCCAUUUGGAGACCGCUGACAGAUGAAUAUACGUUAGAAGAAGGGAACGAGUUCAAACCAAAAUAUAUCAACUUAAUUGAUGCACAUAUCGAGGUUGUCUCUAAUUUGCAGAUAAAGAUCUACCAAGAUUAUCGCGAUGAUGCGUCUUUAGCGAUCCAGUUCCAUGACAAGCCCUCAUUUGACAAAUGGAUGAGUGCAAUCGUUCUUUCUAAGUUUGAGUAUGUGAAAUUAAGCGAAGCAUUCACAGCUGUUCUUUUGUCUUCGAAGGGAUCAAAAUUACUGGAUAUUCACGUCUUGCUAGGCAAUAAGAAGAGAUUCCCACAAUACGAAUGGUGUCAUAUCAGAUUACCCGAGGUCUCAACCAAGUGGAUCAAAGUGUACAUGGCAGUGUUGCCAGGGGAUAAGGGUCAUGUUGGCAGAAUAGAAUUUUAUCCAUCGGACAAAAAAUUGCAGAACAAGCACCUUAUCGCUUAUAUAUCCGAUUUGUCUGGAGUGUUCAACGUUUAUCCAGAACAAUCGAACAUGAUUGACUACAACUCAAUUAUGCGUGCUGCAGGAGAAAUCUACGUGAACAGAAAUUAUGAAUAUUUGUUCCCUCACAAUAGCGACGAACAGCUUGAUCCAAGAAAGCUUAUCGCAAAAAAUCAUGGAGUAUCUCGUUCUGAUUCCAAUAAUUCACUUUCAUCACUUUCUAACCAAACACCCAGCACACCAAGAAACCGUUCUCGGUCUAGUUCUUUACAUUCUACAAACUCAUUUUUCAAUCAGCCGUCUUCAUUAUCACCCAAGCAAACAAAUGGACACACAAGAAACCGUUCAUUGUCUAACCUAAGCAAGUCGCCAGCUAACCCAAGCCAUACACAACUCAGUCAUAAAAGAACAAACUCUAGCUUUUUCAAAAAACACACAGAAAAUUUUGUUUUAACCAAUUCCGUGUACAUUAUGCCUAGUCUGCAUCCUGGCGUCACUGCAGUUGAAACCAUGAUUCGAAACUUUAUUCCUAUCGUUGAUGCGUUCAAAUUGUAUGGCCGUCCUAAGCGUUUGAUCAGUGACAAAUCAGAUACAGCUUCAAUGUUGUUUGGAUUACCUUCGUUACCACACUAUCAAUAUUUGUCCCACAAAGAUGCGGAAAAAGCCUUUGCUAAAAAUUUUAAGGUUGGCUCCAAUUGGUUUGAAUGGCCAGAAAUCAUUGCUAACGAAAUAAAACAAUUGCAGUCAUCCAACGCUAAGGGGUAUCGUGGUCAUGGUGAUAUAGCUAAAUUAUACGAGAAUUUGGAUUUGAAUUAUGGUGAAAUUACAUCUCCAGUUUUUAGGUUUGGCAAGUUUGAGGAUGAUUUACCGAGCUUGAGUGAUUCAAUUGAAUUUGGUGGAAAGAUCGAAACACCGCCACCAGGGAUUUCAAGUCCAAUAAGUUUUGCUGAGGACGGCUCUCCAUACGAGUCGUUGCCAAAGAUUGUUGUGUAA